UCGGCGCAGGAACGAGCGCGUCAUAGUUUGAAACGCCGCAUUCCUUGGCUGCGCACACCCAACCCCAAACCGCGCUGCCAAUCCCGCUGAGCGAACCGCGACCAGUCAGAAGUUCGAGCGUGGCGUAGCAUGAUUCACCAGUUGGAUAGCCAGGCGCAGGGCCUGGACAUCCAGCUGCUCGGCGUGCCAGGCGCGGUGGCCCAGCCGCUGGCAUUGGCCCGCAAGGCUGGCGGCACCAAUCGCAGCAACAGCAUGGACCAGGAGAACGAGCUCUUCGAGGGCUAUUCGGACGAGCUGCUGACAUUCGCAUGGAUCGCCUGCAUUGUGUUCAUCAUUGUCGGUGUGCCCGGCAAUCUGCUGACCAUUGUGGCGCUGUCGCGCGGCAAACAGACACGCAACUCGACGGCGAUAUUCAUCAUAAAUCUAUCCUGUUCGGAUCUGCUCUUUGGCUGCUUCAAUCUGCCGCUGGCCGCUUCCACGUUCAAGGAGCGCGCCUGGACGCACAGCGAUCUGUUGUGCCGCCUCUUUCCGCUGCUCCGCUAUGGCCUUCUGGCCGUAUCGCUGCUCUCCGUCUCGCUGAUCACCAUCAAUCGGUACAUCAUCAUUGCCCAUCCGCGCCAGUAUCCACGCAUUUAUCAGCGUCGAUAUUUGGCGCUCAUGGUGGCGGGCACCUGGCUGGUCACGUUCUCGAUCAUGAUACCGACAUGGCGCGGCGUCUGGGGCCGCUUUGGCCUGGACACGAGCAUCGGUUCCUGUUCGAUAUUGCACGACAAGUACGAUCGUUCGCCCAAGGAGUUCCUUUUUAUGGCCGCCUUUAUGCUGCCCUGCGUCUGUAUUGUCAUAUGCUAUGCACGAAUCUUUCUGCUGGUGCGCCAGGCGGCGAUGCGGGCGGGCGCCAAGAGCUCCGAGCUGGCCAUAACGCCGCCCAUACAAACGCCCACGCAAACACAGAAGCCGCCGGUCGCCGACAAGCCAAAGGAUAAAAGCAAGGUCAAGAGCAAGGAUAGGCAGCAGGAGCUGGACAAGGAUGCGGACUUCGGCACAUCGCGUCCCUUUGUGGUCGCCGAGAGUCUGGCCUACAUCGAUGACAACGCCUCCUCGGAGAGUUUUCCCAUCUCGUACAGCAUCAAACAGGAGGCACCCAUCGAUGCCAAUGUUGUCCUGCAGGACAAUAAUCUGGCCAACAAUAAGCAUUCAGUUUCUGGAUCCGCUCCAGCAACGGGUCCAGCAACUGCCGAUGCGACAGUCAACAAAUCCCAGAGCCAGCUGGAGCAGGGCCGCAACUCAAAGAACCCAAUCACCACAUCGCUGCGCACCUCGUUCACCCGCUUCAGUCCACGCAAAUCGCACUAUGUGUCCAUGGGUAAUACAUCGAACGCCUCGUCGAUUUAUCCGGGUCGGAUGAGCGUCAAGGAUCGGCGCCUGCUCAAGAUGAUACUGGUGAUAUUUGUGUGGUUCGUCAUCUGCUAUCUGCCGAUUACGGUGGCCAAGAUCUGGAAGAGCGCCAACGAUGUGCACGUCUUCAACAUAAUGGGCUAUCUGCUGAUCUAUCUGACCACCUGCAUCAAUCCGCUGAUCUAUGUGCUGAUGAGCUCCGAGUAUAGGCGCGCCUACUGGAACCUGCUGCGCUGUCACCAGACCGAGCAGCAGCAGCAGCAGCAGCGGGCCCUGAAGAAGCAUCUCGAAUCGAAUCGGGCGCUCAAAACGUGAUCCAUGUGGGGAGUCGAGACGCAUCCCGAGUUCCGUCCCAGCAGUGACUAUCCAUAUACAUACAUACGAAGGGAGGUUUUCCAGAAAAGGUGUGACCGCAUAUUAGAGGUGCAUACAUACUCAUAGACCCAUACAAAUUCAUAUCCAUAUCCAUAUGCAUAUCCGUAUCCGUUUAAAAGCUUUCUUUUCAUAUUGAGGCGUUCUAGAGCCCGUACCUUGAUAUAUAUGUAAGAAAACUAAAAGAUAUGACCGUAUAUUAACUGGCCUAGAAAUCAAGAUAUGUACGCACAUUUAUAAGCGUAUCUAGUGUUAUAUAUUAUGGGGAACAAAGCCCCGAUGCCAUACAAAUGCCCCUUCCAGAUCCGUAAAACUGUUAUGCAUCAUAAUAUACAAAAGAUACAUAUAUAUAAUUAAUAUAAGGUCACACCUUUCAUAGGUGUCAAAUGUUACGUA